AGACGCCAACAUCCCUCUUCCCAAAAGAAAGACAAGCUCCUGGUCUCUGCGCCUUCUCCGAAAGCGACCGGAAUCUCCCCGUCCCGCGUUCCAGCUAUAUCCGAACCAAUCCCGGCUGUCACCCCAUGGGGUCCUCUCCUUCCUCGAAUUCUCUCUUCCCCACCUUAUUUAGUCCCUCAAGUCCCCUCUCCGCGUUUCCAGUUCCUCUCCCCUUCUCCUCAUGGCUCACAAUUCGGUGGAGUUCGAGGACUUCCUCCCUCUCAUGGCGGAGAAGCUCGGGGAGGAGGGUCUCAUGGAGGAGCUCUGCAAUGGCUUCCGUCUGCUGAUGGAUCCGAGGAGAAAGCUGAUAACUUUCGAGAGCUUGAAGCGCCACGCGGCGCUGCUGGGCUUGGAAGGGCUCCGGGAUGACGAGCUGAGGGGGAUGCUGAGGGAAGGAGAUCUCGAUGGUGAUGGAGCUUUGAGUGAGAUGGAGUUCUGUGUGCUGAUGGUGAGGCUGAGUCCGGAGUUGAUGGAGCAGUCGCGGCCGUUGCUAGAUGAGGCGUUUCGACAAGCGAUUGGUGGGGGUUUAUGAGCUAGGCUCUCUUCUUCUUCUGCCUGUUCUCUUCUCCGUUCUUGAUGAAAGACUCCUUUUCCUAUCGAGUGAUUUGAUUGUUGGAGGGGGGUCUGAUGUUCAAAUGACGGUCGAAUUGGAAAUUUAACUGAAUUCUCCCAGCGAUGGAGAUCUUUGAAUCUUCAUAUUGAUAAAGUAGAGUCUUUGGAUACUAACAUUUCCGGCCUCUUUUUAAUUUUGCGUUCCAUCUGUUGUCUAGUUUGUAAUUUAUGUGCUUAAUGCGGAUAACCAUACAUGACUUCCUAAUUUAUGUUUGCAUGAUAAAUUUAAUUGGAUACUGAACCAGAUUCUUAAAGCUA